AUGGCGAUGAUGAUGACUGGCCGUGUGCUGCUGGUGUGUGCCCUCUGCGUGCUGUGGUGCGUCACUGUUUUUGGAAUUGCAAUGGACAACCGCUGCGUUGAGGAUGAUGGGAACGUCUUGACGCACACGCAUAAUGGAGGAAAUGACAGGGUGCGCCUGAAGGCGGAUUUCGGGUUGAUUUCCACCCGAAUGGGAUUAAUAAAGGUGGUUGAAGCUGGGGAAAGAGAAGGAGAAGAUUUAGAAAGUGUUGAUGCCCCAUUGGACAGUGUGGGAGGAAAAUCGCCUAGUAGUCUGCUGGCUGGUAGUGAGGACAAUGAAGCGCCUGGUGCAGGAGGAGGGCAGGGUGCUGCAGGUGCAGGAGCAGCAUCCCUGCCGUCUGGGCCUGGAGUGCCAGGGACAGGUGAUGAAAACAGGCAGUCACUUAUGGCUGGCCAAAAAGGGAAUGAAAAAAAAAACUUGGAUCCCGACAGCAAAGAGCCAAAGGAGUCCCAAGACCAAACCACCGAUCAAUUGUCCUCUUCAUCUGGCAGCACUUCCAGUCUUCCUCGUGAAAAACCCUCUUCGACGGGUACCUCCGACAUUAACCAAUUGCCCACGGACACAGAGACAAAAGGAGAUGUUGACCCUCGCAAUAAUUCGGGCGAUGAUGAAGAGAGAGACGAAGAAGAAACAGGAAGAGAAAAAGAAGAAAACAAAUUACAACCCGAGACACAAGAGAGGGGAAAUAAUGCGGAGGUACCACAAUCAUUACCCGCACCACCAUCGGGUGGACCUGCACCAACAAAACCAUCGGGUGGACCUGCAUCAUCAUUAUCAGAGAGUGAAGGAAGCCCACCAACGGAACCAAAAAACUCACAGAAUCCGAAAAAAGUAACGAAAGAAAACACGCCGUCAGAAUCCAAAAUGGAAUCAAAAGCAACGCAACCACCUUCAGGGGAUGCUACACAAGGGCGGCACAGUCAUGACACAGACACAGAGGAUUCGACGAAGAAUGCAGCAGCCGGCAGUCCAGCAGAACCAACAACCUCAUCUUCCUCUACAAGUGGCAGCGGUGAUCAUGUCCAGAAUAAGGCAGAUAAGGAUGAUGCUCAAAGCUCUGAAGAACAACACGACAGCCUUGAAACUGGCAAUACCAACGUUGUUCCAACUCUCAGUGAGACAGCACCACAAACACCAAUAAAAACCCCCGCCAACACAACUUAUACGGUGAAUGCACAAAACAGUGACGGCAGCACCGCAGUCUCCCACACCACCUCCCCUCUUUUGCUUCUUCUUCUUCUUGCUGCGUGUGCGGCUGCUGCUGCGGUGGCCGCGUGA